AAACCUCCUCUUAUCUAUCUGGUGGGAGGGACCAGGAUUCAUCCUCACCACCACCUUCAUCCGUCUCCCUCUCUUUCUCUCUGCGUCUUCCUUCGACCAUGGCGUCCUCGCUCACCCAGACCUCGUGGGCGGUGGCGGACGCAACACUCCGGCCACUGUCCGCCAGCAAGGCCCAACCCACCACCAAGACCCUCCUUCUACCCGUUUCCUCCGGGAGCUCCUGUAGACUGCCCGGCAAAGUGAGUAUACCUCUGCUUCAGUGGGGCAGAGCAAGAUGGGCCCAUUCUCCGGCGCCCCACAUGGACGCCGGCUCGUCGAUUUCGGUCGUCGCUGCUGCCGUCGUGGCUGAAACAGAAGCUUCCGAAGGGGAAGAAGCGGUUGAGUCGCCACCACAGGUGAAACCUAAGACCGGGAAGGCUGCACUUCUCCUGAAGAGAGACCGAACAAGGUCGAAGCGUUUCUUGGAGAUACAGAAGUUGAGGGAGAACAAGAAGGAAUAUGAUUUGCCGGAGGCUAUUUCGUUGAUGAAGCAGACGUCGAGCACUAAGUUUGUCGAGACGGCUGAAGCUCAUUUCAGGCUCAACAUCGAUCCCAAGUACAAUGAUCAACAAUUGAGAGCCACGGUUAAUCUACCGAAGGGAACUGGCCAAACUGUUAAAAUUGCGGUCCUUGCUCAAGGUGAGAGGAUAGAUGAUGCAAAGAAUGCAGGAGCUGACUUGGUUGGUGGUGAAGACUUGAUAGAACAAAUUAAAGGAGGUUUUAUGGAAUUUGACAAGUUGAUUGCAUCCCCAGACAUGAUGCCCAAGGUUGCAAGUCUUGGGAAAAUUCUUGGACCAAGAGGGCUCAUGCCAAAUCCAAAAGCUGGCACAGUAACAACUGAUAUAGCACAGGCCAUAGCAGAAUUUAAGAAGGGAAAGGUUGAAUAUCGAGCAGAUAAGACUGGAAUAGUUCACAUACCCUUUGGGAAAGUGAACUUCAGUGAGGAGGAUCUCAUGGCUAACUUGAUCUCAGUAAUUAAAUCAGUAGAAGCUAACAAGCCAUCUGGUGCAAAGGGAGUGUAUUGGAAAAGUGCACAUGUAUGUUCAUCAAUGGGACCGUCAAUUCGGUUAAACGUGAAGGGAAUGCUUGAUUACAAGGCCCCGAGCAUAUAAAACUGUUCCUGGUGGCUCUUCGGAUGUCAUGUCUUUUUGUCCUGUGUAAAUCACUUAUCCAAAGAUAGAAAGGCAAAGAGGGAACAUGCUUGGGAGAGAGAGAGAGAGAGAGAGAGAGAGAGAGAGAGAGAGAGAGAGAGAGAUUUCCUGUAAAAAGCAGAUGCAGGAGAUAAUUUAUUAGCCUUGUUCUUGUUUUCUUCAGCCAUAGAUGUAGAACUUUUUUAUGUUCAAGAUUUGCGGGUGUAUUCUUCUCCA